AUGGCUUCCCCAGCUGUGCCGACGACGUCGCGCUUGCCACCCGCGGGCCUCGAGAUCCUGCCUAACAUCAUGGCAGCGAUUGGUCAGACACCUAUGGUCCGCAUCAAUAGCAUCAGCAAGAAGGCGCACCUGGAGUGUGAACUGCUGGCCAAGUGCGAGUUCUUCAAUGCUGGCGGGUCAGUGAAGGACCGUAUUGGCAAGCGCAUGGUGGAAGACGCCGAGGCCGCAGGUCGCAUUCGACCUGGGGAUACGCUCAUUGAACCCACGUCCGGCAAUACUGGCAUUGGCUUGGCGCUCGCGGCUGCGAUCAAGGGCUAUCGCUGCAUCAUUACGCUGCCAGAGAAGAUGAGUCAGGAGAAGGUGAACAUGUUGAAAGCGCUGGGGGCCGAGAUCAUCCGCACGCCUACAGAGGCUGCGUGGGACUCGCCAGAGAGUCACAUUGGCAUUGCCAGGAGGUUGCAGGCUGAGCUUCCGAACGCUCAUAUACUGGACCAGUACGUGAACCCGUCAAACCCUUUGGCACAUUACGAAGGCACUGCAGAAGAGAUCUUGGAUCAGUGUGAUGGAAAGCUGGACAUGGUUGUGGUGGGAGUUGGUACUGGUGGAACGAUCUCGGGCGUUGCGAGGAAACUGAAGGAGAAGUGUCCGGAGAUCAUUGUCGUUGGCGUGGACCCGGAAGGAUCGAUUCUGGCCCAGCCAGAGUCGCUCAACGACAAGAACCGACUGAUGCCGUACAAGGUCGAAGGCAUUGGCUAUGAUUUCAUCCCGGGCGUACUCGAUCGCAGCCUGGUAGACGAGUGGCAGAAAACGAACGACCAGGAGUCGUUUAUCAUGUCUCGUCGGUUGAUCCGCGAGGAGGGACUGUUGUGUGGUGGAUCAAGUGGUUCUGUCAUGGCAGCGGCAGUGCGCGCUGCCUCGAAGCUGAAGGCGGGCCAGCGCUGCGUUGUGAUUCUGUCGGACUCGACGCGUAACUACAUGAGCAAGUUUCUGAGCGACGCGUGGAUGUACGAACACAAGUUUGUUGAAAACACGGUGCACACGCACGAAAACUACUCGAAAUAUCGCAAAGAAACUGGCACAUGGUGGUCGGAGCAGCGUGUAUCGGUCUUGGAGCUGCCACACCCGUCGACGGUGUCUCCUCAGCUCUCAUGCGCUAGCGCGGUCGAGAUGAUGGAGCGUCACGGGUAUGACCAGCUUCCCGUCGUGACAGAGAAUGGGACUGUACAGGGUGUCGUGACGAUCGGCAAUCUGCUGUCAAUGCUGUCGUCAGGCCGCGUGACGCGAACGGACCAAGUGGCAGGUGUGACGUUUGGCAAUUUCAGCCGCUUGACUUACGAAAGCUCGUUGGCCGAACUUGCCUCGAUUUUCGACAAGGACUACUUUGCUGUCGUGACCUCGACGGACGGCAAGAUUGCAGGCCUUGCAACGAGGAUUGAUUUGCUCAACUACAUCACGAGUGCUCGCAAGGAUCAAGCGACGUAA